CUCGUGUAUUGCAUAAGCACUAUAAUACUAAUAAUAAUAAAUUUCCGUUAAAAGGUGUAACAAAGGGAAAUGCAAAGAACUACUCUAUAUUAAGGAUAACAGGAAUUGUUGUUUUUAAAAUACUGGUGUUUUGUCUCGAUUGGGUUUAUUUUAUUUUUAUUGUUUUUCGUUGAUGCUCUUUUUCCGUUAAUGCACCAUGUGCAUGCAAACCAUUUUUACAUGUUGAAGUGUUGCAUGGAUAGUUCACAUUUUCCUUUUUGUUUGUCGUAGUUUGUGUCGGUUGAGUAAGAGAGUGCAGGGAAGGGAAUUGACCCAUUCGAUUGAUUAUUUGUUUUCAUAACAUAAAAGAUAAUGAUAUUUUUUUCGACAUUUCAACAUUAUAAACACCUCAAUAAUACGUACACCAAUUAACAUUGAAUCUAAUUCAACAAAUAAUCUUUAAUAAUAUUUUUUUGAAAACACAUGUCAUCUUUAUGUUGUAAAUAUGUUACUGAAGAUCACAUGUAGUAGUGUAUUUUUAACUUUUAUUUAUACUUUUACCAUCAUAUACAAUCACUGUCUAAAAAUAACUUUCAUUGACUUUUUGGGGUUUGUUACAUUAAGUGCACUAAUACAUGAAUAUAUUUUUGAGAGAAAAGAUACCAAUUUUAUAAGUGCUUUAAAUGUAAACAUAUAUGUACAGAAAAAAAUAAUAUGAUUCUAAUUAUUUAUGAACAUAAAAACAAAUAGUUUAUUAAUUGCUCCAUAUUUUCGACAUGGGGUUGCAUAAAAAUCAUGAGUUGGUUGCUGAAACAAGACUCAUCUAGAUUCGUGGCAUAGAUACUUUGGAAUUUUUAGUGUUAGCGGGAAUGAAAAGGUAUCAUCGAUCAUGUUAACGCCAAGUCAUUCCUUACGUUAGUAUUGAGCAUAGAAUCUCAUAUCCUUGCGCAUGAAAACAAAUAAAUAAGUAUGGCUGGAUGAUCCAUAUAAAUGCUAGGCACUAGAACACAAUAUAUUAGUCAAGAAGGAAUUGAACUAUGAUGAACGAUACAUCAUCUGAUUCUGAAAAUGAAAUUAUCGGAUCACGGGCAAAGCUCUUUGGACACGAAGAACCGAUUCAUGAAGUUCUUGGAGGAGGAAAAGUGGCAGAUGUGUUAUUAUGGAAGGACAGAUAUGUAUCAGGUGCGCUUUUGGGUGGGAUGACUGUGAUAUGGUUUCUAUUUGAGAUCGUUGAGUACAAUUUCGUGGCUCUCCUUUGUCACAUUUCCAUCACCACCAUGCUUGUACUAUUCAUAUGGUCCACGGUUGCAGACAUAUUUAAGUGGAAAGGUCCCCAGAUACCGGACAUUGUUUUAAAGGAAUCAUUCUUCCAUGAUCUUGCUUCCAUCCUCCACAAAAGAUUUAACCAGUUAUUACCAAUGCUCCUCCGCAUUUCAUGCGGAAUAGACCUUCCAAUCUUUCUUCUGAACAUUGUUUCCCUCUAUAUUCUGUCAGUGAUUGGAAGCUACUUCAGCUUUGUCAAUCUGCUAUAUAUUGGUUUUCUCUGCAUGCAAACGCUGCCAAUUGUGUAUGAACGGUAUGAGGAAGAAAUCAACAACUGGGUCGGCGAUGUCAUAAUAGUUCUCAAGAAAAACUAUAGAAGGUUUAACAAGAACUACCUCAACAAAAUUCCCAGAGGACCAGGGAAGGCAAAGAAAACCCAAUAAACUAUAAUACUCAAAACUUCAAAAUAUAAGAUAUGAUGGUUUAUAUAAAUUCCUUUCCAAGAAAACAAAUACCAAACAAUGUAAUAGUUUUAUUUUUCAUACAUGUCCAAUUGUGUAAUUCGAAGGUGUUUACAUGGAUAGCGUGUGAGGAGUAGUGUAUUUUUAUUUUUCACUGAAAUCCAACUGUAAGUUUUCUUCACUAAAGAAUUGUGCGUAUGGUGUGGAGUAUAUAUGUGAAAAACGUUUCUCUCCACAUUCUCCA